GCGGUCCCCGACCCAAACACAAGGCGGCGAUCAUGGCGGCAACUGCCAGUACCAAAACGGUGACCUUCAGGCUGCCAGACGGAGCAACAGAGAAGGGCAGGGAAGGUGGAGACAUCACGCUACCCAAAACACCUCAUCCUAAAAUUUUGCAGUCUCGACCAGAAUUAUCGCAGACAGUUCCUUCUCCUGUCCGCCAAUACGCUACGCGAGAGAGCGAGACAAGGCCUCAGUCACGACCCAGCUCCGAACAAUCCUCUUUCCCCCUCAACGAUAGGCAUAAGAAAACUACUCCACAGACUACGACUACGAGGAGACGACAGUUUCUAGCAGCUAGUACUGAUGACGGUCGCCCUAGACUCAGAGAGCCGCCCGAGUUGAGUGCAGCAGUGAACGCCGCUCGUGAGCGGACGAAUUCCGCGAGUCGCGAGAACACCCGUGUCCUCAAGUACGGCGUGGCGAGGCUGAGGGAGAGCCUACUGGGAGUGGAAGAGGAGGUAAAGAGAAUGACGAGAGGGCGGAGGACGCUGGAGCUGGCCGUGCAGGACGUCCGGAGGUCCAUCUCCGUCAACCAGCAGUCGCUCAGCGUCCAGCAGAAGAAAGCCAGGGCACAAACGGAUUCUACCCUUCGUCUGUUGAGAGAGGAGUCCCACGUGCUCUCACGGUCCAAGUGUCGGGUGGAGCAGUGCCUGAGAUCAGUGAAGACACAUCUCCAGAGUCUGGACAGCAUUCGCAGAGCUCUCCAGACCAAGAUCAGCACACUCUCUCAGUCACUGGAGCUCGAUGCCCAGAGCUUCAAGGUUUACUAUGGAGGGAAUGAGUUUAAAAGUGCCUGCAAGGCUCCUGUGGAUGGUUCAAGACACAUAGAGCAAGCAAUAGCUCCAGUGUGCAGACAGGCUGCAGAGCUUGUGGCAAGGUCACGGGAGGUCAGGGGAGGAAUCCAGGAGCUCAUUGUGUCGAUAGAGACACAGAAAACGCAGGCACACGGCCGCGUCACCUCAUCAGUGGCUCAGAGUGUCCAGGAGGCCAACUCCAAGAAGAGGGAGAUGUUGCUGGAGAGAGGGCAGAUGAGAUUGUCGCAGAACUCGGCCCAGCACCAGCAGCACACUGAGGAGAUACUGCUGGGGCAGAAUACUGGGACCCAUCUCUGA